AUGUACUCAUUUGGUAGUGGAGACUAUGGCCAUGCUGUGAACGCUUUGAGAGGUGCCCGGCACUUGCUAGUCUGUGAGAAAUCCAACUUCAGCCACCACAAGUCUUGCCACAGGCAUAUAGUGGAAGCCCACUAUCACAAUUACCAGGUGUCAUUUCUCAUCCCAGAAUGUGGGAUACUACCAAAAGAACUGAAAACCUGGUCAUGGAAACUCGACCCUAUUACUCUGAAGAUUUUACCUCUUCAUGAAUUAAUUACACAUGAAUUCAUCAACACUUUUAUAAGGAAAAGUUCCUGCUAUGCAUUGACGUUCAAUAUACAUAUUGAUGAAGAUACUGUUGGUCUGCUACCCAAUGGAAAGUUGAUUUUAUCCCUGGAUAAAGACACUUAUGAAGAAACUGGACUUCAAGGUCAUCCCUCUCAGUAUUCUGGCAGAAAAAUCAGGAAGUUCAGUGCAAUAGAAUCAACAAUGAUGUCAUACUUUUCCAAAUACCAAAUUCAGAAACAUCACCCUAAAGUAGAACUGAACAUAGUGAAUCAUUUGCAGUGCCCAGUGUCCUGUUAUCUUUCUAGAUGCAUAAAAAUCCAACUGGAUUUUAGUGGACACAGAAUGCAGAAUCACUGCAAAAUGAAAAGACAAAGGAGAAAAGACAGUGUUCCAGCUAAUGCAUAA